GCCAAAACAUGUGCGUCCAGGCUUAAUUGGUUGCACAAAGACCAAGCCAGGAUGAGCAGACACGGAUUCAUUAAGCCAGGUGAAACCAAUCCUGGAUAGGUGCGCGCUCACGGCUCACUCAAAUAGACCCCGCCACAGAUCACAGAUUAACUGAUUUACCAUGGCAACUAGAGCCGCGUACUUUUCCCCGUCGGAACCACAAAUCCUCAUGGAGGCAUACGAGGAGGUAAAAGAUAUAAUUAAGAAGAAAGGCAACACCGCCACAGUGAUAAAGCAAAGAGAAAAAGCGUGGCAAAGUAUUGCAGACCGCCUGAAUGCAUUAAACAUGAACGGGCCAAAACGGACAUGGCAGCAGGUCAAAAUCAAAUACAAGAACAUUCUGCAGAAUGCAGUGAAAAAGAAUACCCACAGACAAGGCACGGGUGGUGGGUCACCAAAGGCUGACCUUACCCCAGCAGAGGACAUGGCCUUGGAGCUAAAUAAAGGCAGGCCCGUCUUAGAGGGGAUCCCUGGGGGGAAAGAGACGAGCAUAGGUUCCUCCCAAGAUGCCACCCGCUUCAUUCAAGUGUCUGGCAGCACUGUGUUCCUGUUAGAGCCACCAGCACAAGCACCAGACGAUGCUGAUCCAGUGAGUACUCCAUUAAAGGGUGAAGCCCCAGUGCAGCAGCAACAGCACAUGAUGGAGACGAUGAUGAGGAGGAGACCAUCUCUGUGGAUUCCAGAAGGCAUGAGGACCCAGAUGCUAUACAGUGGGAAAACCAGCCUGGCAACAUAG